UUCAACCUGACCCUGAAGAAACUCAUUAUGCUGAAGGAGCUGGACAAAGAUCUCACCUCGGUGGUCAUCGCCGUCAAGCUGCAGGGCUCCAAACGGAUCUUGCGCUCCAAUGAGAUCCUGCUUUCCUCAGCAGGACUGACAGAGACUGACUUACAGCUCACCUUCUCCCUGCAGUACCCACACUUCCUAAAGAGGGAUGCCAACAAGCUUCAGAUCAUGCUGCAGAGGCGGAAGAGAUACAAAAACCGGACCAUCCUGGGUUAUAAGACUCUGGCUCUGGGUCUCAUCAACAUGGCAGAGGUGAUGCAGCACCCCAGUGAGGGAGCCCAGGUUUUAGGGCUCCACAGCCAGCUGAAAGACGCUUCUGUUCCCGUCGCCGAGGUCCGAGUUUACUCCCUGUCCAGCCAGCCCAUCGAUCACGAGGGCCCCAAGGCUAAGAUGUCUGAUCGUUCUCCUGACAUCGACAAUUACUCAGAAGAAGAGGAGGAGAGCUACUCAUCUGAACAGGAGGGCAGCGAUGACCCCAUUCAUGGGCAGUAUCUGUACGAUGAAGACGACGAGGUGAGGAAGAAGAAGCCGAGGCGUAAGCUCCCUCCCAACGCCGGCAGCACCAGGCAACCCAACAUCAAGCAGAAAUUUGUCGCCUUGCUGAAAAGGUUUAAAGUCACUGAUGAGGUGGGGUUCGGCCUGGAGCACGUGUCGAGGGAACAGAUCCAGGAGGUCGAGGAGGACCUUGAUGAGCUCUACGACAGCCUGGAGAUGUACAACCCCAGCGAUAGCGGGCCAGAGAUGGAGGAGACGGACAGCAUCCUCAGCACCCCCAAACCCAAGCUGAGGCCGUUCUUUGAGGGGAUGUCUCAGUCCAGCUCGCAGACGGAGAUCGGCAGCCUGAACAGCAAAGGCAGCCUGGGUCGAGAUACUUUCAGUCCACAGGGGGACCAGCCUCCUCUGGAGAAGAUGAAACCGUCCCGCAGUCGGAACUUGGACGAGAUCCCAUCUGAGACGGACACGCUGGAGCUCACAGACCAGGAGCUGUUUGCAGAAGUCGGCCCCUGCAUUACGGUGUCCGUGGCUGAGAAACCCCGUACGCCCCUGAAAAGCAGCAAAAAUGAAAUGCAGCCCAUGGCGUCACCAAGGUUGGACGGAGGCCACACGCCCAGACACAAGCGCAGCAUCAGCACCCCCAUGAAGGAGAGACAGCUGUCCAAGCCUCUGAGCGAACGGACCAACAGCUCCGACUCUGAGAGAUCCCCGGAGCUGGGACACAGCACACCGGUUAUGAGGAAAGCCGUGUACGAUCAGCUCAACCAGAUUUUGCUGUCAGAUUCUGCACUCCCUGAGAGCCUCAUCUUAGUCAACGGCACUGACUGGCAAGGACAGUACGUAGCGGAGCAGCUCCAAGGUCAGAGACACCCGGUGGUCUGCACGUGUUCAUCCGCUGAGAUCCAGGCUGUGCUUUCCGCUGUGCUCACACGCAUCCAGAAAUUCUGUAACUGUAACUCCUCCAUGCCGCGGGCGGUGAAGGUGGUGGCGGUGGGCAGUCACAGCUACCUGGGAGCCAUCCUGCAGUUCUUUGUCUCUCAGCUGGCCAACAAAACCUCCGACUGGCUCAACCACAUGCGCUUCCUGGUGGUGCCUCUGGGUUCCCAUCCUGUCGCUAAACACCUGGGAUCCCUUGACAACCGCUACAGCUCCUCCUUCCUGGAUGGAGCGUGGAGAGACGUGUUCAGCCGAUCCGAGCCACCUCAGACAGAUCAGUUGGAUAUUUCUGGAAGAAUCAACCAGUACAUCAGCGGAGCCUCGGUGACUCACCAGCUGCCCAUCGCUGAGGCUAUGCUCACCUGCAAGCACAGAACUCGGGAGGAAGAAUCCUACCAGAAGUUCAUCCCCUUCAUCGGGGUUGUAAAGGUUGGCCUCAUCGAGUCGGCGAGUUCUCCCACAGGAGAUCCAGAGGAGGGUGUUGGGGUCAGCUUGGCCGUCCCGUCCACAUCUCCACCGUCUCAUGGCUCCCCCACUGGAAUGAUCAAAGAGGCAGCUACUCCCCCCUCCUCCCCCUCCAUGGGCAGCGUCCUAACAGUCCAAGGGAGCCCCAGCAUGCCUCACGUUGUGGACGCCAUCGGCCUGCAGGUGGAUUACUGGCUGGCUUCUCUAGCGGACAAGCGGCGGGAGGGGGAGAGACGCGACACGGGCUGCAAGAACACGCUGAAGAGCGCCUUCCGCUCGCUGCAGGUCAGCAGGCUACCAGGAGGUGGCAGCAACGACCCACAGGCCCUGGUCAACACCAUGGCCAUGACUGUGGUCACUAAGGAAAAGAACAAGAAAGUUCCCACCAUCUUCCUGGGGAAGAAGCCCAAAGAAAAGGACAUGGACUCAAAGAGCCAGGUGAUCGAAGGCAUCAGCCGCCUCAUCUGCUCCGCCAAGCAGCAACAGACCAUCCUGAAAGUGUCCAUAGACGGCGUGGAGUGGAACGACGUGAAGUUCUUCCAGCUGGCGGCGCAGUGGCCCACUCACGUCAAAUACCUGCCGGUCGGACUUUUCGGCUACAGCAAGCCCCCGUCGUAGGGCAGAGCUUUAACUCCUCUGCUUCCCUGACUUUGUUCUCUCCUCACCCACC